AUGGCCCUUCGAUUUCCUUCGAUUUUCUACAGCCAGCAACUUCUAGCCAGAAAUUCCUCGUUAUUUAGAACUACAUCUGAAUCACUCCAAUCUCGCUUUUUCAACUCUAUUACCUCUUCCCACAAUAGCAAAACCACCUCCCUUAUCAACCAAGUAUUCACUCUCGCAGCGAUGAUUUUGUCUACUUCCUCCGUGCUUAAUGCAGCACUGGCUGUUAUGCUCUGUUUUGAAGACGCAAUGGCAGCUCCAAUGAACAACACUGCUCUCGUCUACAGUCCCAUCAACAUCGCUUCUCGGCGUGCCAUAUCCAAGGGCAUCCACAGCUCGACCAACCGCACUGCGGCACCAAUCAACCUUACCUACCACAACGAGACUGGCGCCAAUAUUCUCGCCAGCCGUGGUACAACCGGAGACCUCGAAGCACAUUGGCAAUUCGUAUUGGAGGAAACCGUGUGCGGCGGUUUUGGCCAAGUGUGCUUCAAGCCUCAGGCAAACCUCUGGGUCGACUAUUAUGCCAAUGGUGCUUCUAGCCCAACCUGCUCCACUUACUGGGACAUUACUGUCGCUUCGACCAGUAACCAGCUUAACGGCAAACAGUAUUUUAGCCCGAACUGCGAUUUCACUGUCAUUUUCGAUAGCAAUGGAAGCGGUGGUACGGUGGCGACAUAUGGGGCCGGAUACGGUGUCAAUUGCGGAAAGCGUCAUGUUAAAUGUGAUGAGGGACGCCCGGAGUGCAUGCGUUGUUUAAAGGCUGGAAUGCGAUGUGUGGGUUACUUCUCAGAUAUAUCGGCGCGGUCCAAGCCUGGAUUCUUCGCUACGAGGUCUUUGCUUCCACGAGAAGAUGCCAUGUCCGGGCUGUCACUGGCUCGUCCGUCAUCUCUUCUCAUGAAUGAGAGCGAAGUUGAACGUCGCUACAUCCAACACUACCAGGAUCAGACUACGUCAGGCUUCUCAAUGAACUUCGACAACUCACUCUGGAAUAGAUUAAUUUUACAAAUAUCUCGACAAGAGCCGUUCGUCCGACACGCCGUCGUGGCAAUUGGGGCGAUUAGUAAAUCAAUUCAAAUCGACCCGUCACGGAACAGGGCCUAUGAACCAAUUGGAAGUACCAAGCACCAAAACGAAAUGGCCAACUUGCACCGCAGAUUUGCUUUCCUCGAGUAUAGCAAGUCUUUGAAAGAGAUCAAAGAUAUUAUCUCGAAUGCUGAUUUCAGUCCGAGACAGGCGUUGCUGGCAUCCUUGCUUUCGUUUUGCUUCGAAAACUUUUCUGGAAAUAGGCCUGUGGCAAUGUAUCACGCCCAAGCAGGGCACCAAAUAUUGCAAACUUGGAUGUCAGAGCAACCUCACGGCAUUUCGCACAGUGUGGGUAUAUUAUCGCCAGCACCACAGGUAGUUGAAGAUGACCUCGUUCAUGCUUUCGCCCAACUCGAUCUACAGAUUCUAACCAUUGCAGAUGCACGAGGUCAUAAGUUUCAUGAUUCUCUUAAACAUUUAGGUGAUGACACCAUCGAAAAUAUGCCGGCAAUUUUUAAAGACAUAAAUGAGGCAAGAGUUUACUGGGACAUUGUCAUGGCACGGUCAUAUCACUUCCUACUUACUGCGUGGGAAAUGUCUCGCUCGGAAGAGCUCGCCAGACCGUUUAUGACCACAUCUCCAUCUCAUACGUUCAUUACCAACUCCAGCAAGACCCUUCACAGUACGCCCAACAUCGUCACCGAAGAACUUCUCGAACAACAAAAAUAUUACACUGCAGAGGUAUCAAGAUGGCAUUGUGCAUUCCAUCCUGUAUGGAUGAAGCUGCCGAAGACAACUCGAAAUAAAGAGCUCUUGCUGGCAACUAUGGUCUUGAUAAAUUGUAUAGCACUCGAAAUCAUGGUUGCGGCCGUUGCAUUUCCAGAUCAGACCUCGUACGAUGAAUUUUUGCCAUUUUUCGAACAGAUUGUUUGUCUCAUCGAGACACAUGUGACAACGGUGUUCGAAAAUACUGCCAAACCCCUUGACGGUGGCUUCUUGCUCGACUUGGGCAUUACUUGUCCUCUGGGGCUAGUCGUUAUGAGAUGUCGCGACCGGGUGAUUCGGCGCAAAGCUAUCGCAAUACUUCGAUCUUGGUUCACUGAGGGUCCAACCGAUCCUGUUAUGGUUUCGAAAGUUGGGACGUUCAUGAUGGAGAUAGAAGAAAAGGGAAAUGAAUCCGGUAUUAUACCGGAAUCGUCCAGAGUUGUCCCCACGUUGUACUGCCUCGAUCAUGUGAAUAACACCAUUCUCAUGCAAUUUUGCCAGCGGAAGGGUGGCUCAGAUGGAGGUCCCGUCUGGAUGGAAAAGAUGUUCGAUUGGUGA